AUGCCUUACCUGCACAGCGAUUCAAAAGAAGGCAUGUUGUUGCCUUCUCGCCUUUGCGUUCGACAUCUUGAUCCCCACCCUCACCCCAGAGAUGUCCAGGAUGCCCUACUGAUGAUGCACCGUGUGAUGAGUGCGCGAGACUACAUCUCGAGUGUCUUCCUGGCCCUACUGGUCACAUUGAUGACACACCAUUUUCAAGUGGACGAAAUCGAGAAGUGGUCAUCUUCUAGCCUGACUAAGAGUGAGAAGGGCAUUCUUCUGCUUUCAAACAUCUUAGGCAUUUCAUCUCCUGGAAAUGCGAUCCUGCCUAAGUUUGUUCUGUCAAGGCAACACCAUGAUGAACCAAGCAACCAGCUGGCACCAGCCUCUUGCGAAUCCUUCCUCGUAAAUCCCACAUUGCAUAUCAUAGCGGAUCCCGCGCACACGACCGUGUUAUCGGACUCAGGUCUCUCCGGAAAUACCUUCUCCCAUGGAGUCAGAAGUGCCGGUGCCAAGUUCAAUCGUCACUCUUCUGAUUCAGAUGUAAACAGGGACGGAGAUGACACCCCACCCAACCGAACGACUUCGUCCCUGCAACCCGAAACAUACCAUAACAUCGAUGCACCCGUUGGGUUCAUUUUGCCGGUUAUGUCAUUUCUCUUAACUUCAUAUCUGCCCCAGGUCCGCGAGGUUGUGUUUGAGGUGAAGGAUGAUGAAGACAAGGAGGCAUUCAAAUCUGCUGUUGCUCGCGAAGCUGCCAAGCUCGCAGGCAACUUGGGGUUCCGGGUUGAAAACUAG